AUGGCUACACCACCAUGCGCCCAGCCGAGCAAUUCCACACAAUCGUCAGGCCUGGAUCCAGCCGUCGCAAAUAAAGCAUCCCCAGAGAAGACGGGAAGGUCCGAAAGGGGCAAAAGCCGACUUGUUUUUAAGCCCAUUGACGUUGACGACGUUGGUAAGAAGACGAAGAAGAGGAGGAGGAAUUACCCCGAAAAGGAGCGUCUCAAACCUACAAUAAUGCCCCCAGCAGUUGAUAGUUCGAGACCGGCUUCAUCAGAUUCGUUUGUUCCCAGUACGUACAAGGUGCCGGCGACCCAGGAGUCUAUAAGAGAGUCUAUCGAGGGUAACGAGGACCGGGAUGAAGAGGUCGAGGUGACAAUACCGUCAACCGACAGUCAAGAAGACACAAGAAAGUCUUCUAACCGUCACUCGGUGUUUGCGUUAAAGUCCAAAUCCCUCCCUAAUGUCAGAAGUGCUGCGAACCAGGCUAGACCGUCCACACGGCAAGCCCAGCAACAACAAGCUCAGCAACGGCGUAUCCAGCAACAAACUACCCCAACACCAAUGGGCCCACCAAAACGAAUCAUAUCGACAAACUCUCACGAGCCUUUGGUCAACCACGAGGUGGCUAGGCAACCACCCUCGGCUGUUCCGUCAAGCAUAGCUCCAGGAGCUCCUCUUGAACCGUUUGAAACAUUUGUACAACAUUACCCCACGUAUGCAAGUGGUGAUGGUGGCCGGGUGGCAACAGGUACCAAGCUCCACUUCAUUACCGCAUGCGUGUAUCUGAACUACCUUCGUUCAAAAAAGCUACUUCGAGAUUAUAUGUACGACGAGUUCAUCCGGGCUUUCCCACGAUACUAUAAGGAGUACGUCGAUGGGACCCGGAGGCCAGCCAUGGUUGCCAUUAAAUGGUUUAACAAGCAGACAGAUCCCCCAGUCUUCACCAAGCAUUUAGUUCACAGGGGUAAUCUUAGCCACAUCAUGAGGAUGUACCCUGAUGAGUUUAUCGAAGUGAACGAGAAGCUUCUCAAAAAGAAGGAUGGGGACGAGCUCAGUAUUUAUACGAGCUCAGAGAUUGGGGAGUCGAGCGAUGAACAAGACGCUUCGAGCCCGGUUCUAAAGAGGCCUGGUAAGAAAGCUCCAAGUCCCUCGCCGCCCGUUGCAUCGUACGAGAGUGCUAUGGACAUAACUCUCUCCGAGAUCCUGCCAGCUCAUGUAUCGAGCUCCAUGCGGAGGCCGUCUGUAGCCGCAGGAAAGGAAACGGAGCACGAGAUGUGGCCAGGUACAACGCCGAGGUCGGAGCAAAGAUCAGAGCCAAGGUCAGAGCCAAGGUCAGAGCAAAGGCUAGAGAGAAUGGCAGAACAGAGUCCAGCACUGCUCCCGUCAUCCAAGACUCGCAGGACUACGUUGCAAGCGCAGCCUGAGCCCUCACGAACUCGGCACGUUACAACCCAGGCGCCUCCUCCCCCUUCACCCAAAAUCCCAGAACCAUCAAUGCUACCACCAUCAUCUAUUCCAGAUCCAGUAUCAUCAAUAAGAAAGGGUCCUCGGCCAUCCCCAUAUUUGGAGAAGCUUGCCUCCAGGAGUCGCGCCAGUUUGGGCAGUAGCGCCAGCCCUACGUCGACGAUGGAUGAGGAAAGGAGACGCGCAAAGCUUUUGAGACACAUCCGCAGAAAUAGACAGGUCGACAAACCAACGCCUGCAGCGGUUACCCAGGGUGUUCGGAGCAGCAGCAGUAGACGGACAGAGACCAAACGUUGA